AAUACAACAACCGGGAUCAAGUUUUUGAAAGGAAUAAGCACAUACGAAAGCGAAGCACCAAGACUCAACCUCAAGCAACUGUUAUUUUACAAAGCCAACUUACAACAAACAGGGCCAAGUGCCAACCAUCUGAAUUAUCAUGUCUGAUUCGGGUAAAGCUCCUUCUUUUGACAGACCCAGAUUGGUGGUCAAGAAGAUUUUGGCCAAACUUCAACGUGAGGGUGAUGGUGCUGUUGUUAGGAGAGGCAUUGGACGCAGUGAAUUGAAGAAUUUGGAUCCUUUUUUAAUGUUGGAUGAUUUUUCAGUGACUCCUCCUGCGGGAUUUCCUGAUCAUCCACACAGAGGUUUUGAAACUGUCACAUACAUGUUGCAGGGCGGGGUUACUCAUCAAGAUUUUGCUGGCCAUAAGGGUACAAUUCGAACAGGUGAUGUGCAGUGGAUGACAGCAGGCAGAGGAAUCAUUCACUCAGAAAUGCCUGCAGGAGAAGGAACUUCAAAUGGUUUACAGCUUUGGAUCAAUUUAUCCUCCAGAGACAAAAUGAUUGAACCAAGUUAUCAAGAACUUCCAAGUCACGAGAUAGCAAGGGCAGAGGAAGAUGGGGUCGAGGUCCGAGUUAUAGCAGGAGAAUCCAUGGGAGUCCAAUCUCCAGUUUACACCAGAACACCCACAAUGUAUCUGGAUUUCACUUUAAAACCUGGAAAUGAAGUGCAUCAGAAUAUCCCGGGAUCAUGGAAUUCCUUUGUGUAUAUAAUUGAAGGGGAAGGGGUUUUUGGAAUCCCAAAUUCAUCUCCUGUGGCAGCUCACCAUGUCCUGGUUCUGGGUCCUGGAGACAGUGUAAGCGUGUGGAACAGAUCUUCAAGUAAACUGAGAUUUGUGCUGAUUGGAGGGCAGCCACUCAAUGAACCAGUGGUUCAGCACGGUCCAUUUGUGAUGAACACUCAAGCUGAAAUCAAUAGGACUAUUGAGGACUACCACUAUGCCAAAAAUGGGUUUGAAAUGGCCAAAAGCUGGAGAUCUCAAUGAGUUAAAAUAAGCCUUUCUGACCAUAAAAAGGACAGUCCCCAACACCUUUUUUUUUUCUAAAAAAAAAAAAAAAAA